AUGAAUGGCAGCAAACUUACCCGAGAAGAAUAUUGUUCCAAAUAUCUUGAGGUUGCUUAUCAAAACUGUCUUUCCAUGCUUAAUCGCAAUGACCUAGCGGAAAUUAACUCAUUUUACCAAAUUCAAACUCUUAAUUAUUAUGAGGGGAAAAUAGAAAAUAUCGAAGAAUUAAGAGAAAAAAUUACGGAGGCUUAUAAUACUUUGAAAGACCCCCGAAAAAGAAAAGAGUACGAGUUUGAAAUUUUCGGCAUCUUUUGUCGCGAAUAUCCCGAAGAUGAAGUGGCUGACAAGAAAUUUAAAGAAAGAGCAAUUUGGCUCCUUGAAGAAGAUGAAAAAUGA